UAAAACUACUCCAUCAAGACAUAUAAAAUAGUGGGGAGUGGAUGCAAUAAACAAAAGAAAAAUCCACCCUGGCAUGCUGUGAUACAAUAGAAGAUUUGAUUUAUUUACCAGAUGAAUAGAUAACAUGAAUAAUGAGCUAAUAAUCAGUAAAAAAAAAAAAAAAAGGAAAAAAUAGCAAAAGAAAAACUUCUUUCGAAGUGUUUACUGACUUAGCAGCACAACAGUCUUAUCUCCCUUCCUCAGCCCUGUUUUCUGAAUCAGCAGUAGUUAAAUUUUCCAACAAUCCCGACAUGAAAGGGAGUGUAAAGGGUGACUGGGGAUGUCCGGUGAGUGACCUCGCCUGUGAGUGGCACAGUCAAUGCAUUUGCUCUGACAUUCUUUCUAUGAAGCACUGCAGUGACAGCUGAAGUUGCUUUCCAGAAGUCAUCUCAGCAGAGGUCUGACAGUAUCCAGUACCUUAACUUUCUGAGCACAGGAGAAAAAAAACACCUUGAGUUCUUCAAUUUCCUGAAUUUUUCAAGUUGGUGACAAUGGCAACUAAUUUUGGAGUUACCUCAGCAGUGUUUUUCAUCUGGGUUAUGAUGUUCAUGGCUCAAAAUUACUUUGUAACAGGUUCCAUUCAGUCACUUUGCAGGAUCACAGGUGUAGGACUCUAUCUUGAGAAGAAAGUGAAUUUCUCAGAAGCAAGUAAUGCAUGUGAUCAACUGAAUCUACAAUUGGCAAGUAAAGACCAAGUUGAAAAUGCCUUGAAACAUGACUUUCAAACGUGCAGCUUUGGAUGGGUGAAAGAUGGAUUUGUUGUUAUUCCUCGGACAACACCCAACAACAAAUGUGGUAAGGGCAAAACUGGACUGGUGCGAUGGAACGCUGACCACCUCCAAACAUUUCAUGUCUACUGCUUCAAUUCCUCAGAUGUCCAGAUUAAUUCAUGUAAACCAGACCCAACCACAACCACAUUUCCUUCAUCACCAAGUGCACCAACAGACUCAACUCCACAUUCAGCCUCUGAUUUGACUGAGAACAUCACAGCGGUGCCCACUGUGACCGAGUCAGAGCAGUUCCUGAAAAGCAGAAGAUUCCGUGUCAUUUGUGUCACUGAAACGCUACCAACAGAGGGGAGCACCACAGCACUGCCAGAGGAAUCCUCCACCAGGGACUCUCCCGACCACACUGCCCGUUCUGCCUUUAGGAACGAUCCUGUCAUCUUCGGAGGUAUCCCCACUGCACUUCUUGUCCUGGCAAUCGUCUUCUUCAUUAUUUCAGUUGUUCUAGCAGUCUGUUAUAUCAAAAAGUACAAGAAAACCUUCCCAUUUUUAAACAAGAACCAGCAAAAAGAAAUGGUUGGAACUGUUGCUCUCAAAGAGGCAAAGUUAAAUGACAAAACACCUGAGAAGGACGCACAGAAUAAUGGAAAUAAAGUAGAAGAGUCUAAAACUAAGCCUGAGGCCACAGUAAAAUGUCUAGAAGCAGAAGUUUAAAGCAAAGAAUGUACAAUUCUUGAUGGAAAUAUGAAAUCAAGCACACAGAACUUUGCAGUGCUUUUAAACUUGGGUGAUUGUGAAUACUCAGGAGUAUUUUCUCUAUCUUAACAUAUGAAACCUUGUUUUUUAAUAAUUACAUCUUUGUCUACAAAUAUUCUUGCAGGAAAAUGUGGUAUAUUAUUUACUUGAAAUAAAUAAAAAAAUCCAUUUUACAGCUCCUUUUUCAUCUAUAAUAGAGAAGUAAUUAGGGAUAUGCUAUUAUUGAUAUGCACUAUGUUAACUAUUUGCAUUGAAUUCAGAUCAAUAUAUCAUUAAAGGGUUUUUAUAUCCA